AUGGGAAAAACAUCUAAAGAUAAGCGAGAUAUAUAUUAUCGGUUAGCAAAAGAAGAAGGAUGGCGAGCAAGAAGUGCAUUUAAGUUAAUGCAGAUCGACGAUGAAUUUAAUAUAUUUGAAGGUGUUCAUCGAGUUGUUGAUCUAUGUGCUGCACCUGGUAGUUGGAGUCAAGUUUUAUCAAAAAAAGUGUAUUUCGCCGAGGAUGAAGAAAAACGGAAAGAUGUGCGCAUAGUUGCUGUCGAUUUGCAACCGAUGUCACCAGUGCCUGGUGUAAUCCAACUGCAAGGCGAUAUAACAGAGAUUUCUACGGCCGAGAAAAUUAUCUCUUACUUUGAAGGAAUGAAAGCUGAUUUGGUUGUUUGCGAUGGUGCUCCCGAUGUAACCGGUCUGCACGCGCUAGACGAAUACAUGCAAAGUCAACUUGUCUUAGCAGCACUGAAUAUUGCAACAUUUGUAUUAAAAGAAACGGGAAUCUUUGUGGCUAAGGUGUUUCGUGCGCGUGAUAUCACACUGUUAUAUGCUCAGCUGAAAAUAUUCUUCAAAGAGGUCUAUUGUGCGAAACCACGUAGUAGCCGACAAAGCAGUUGUGAAGCAUUUGUUGUUUGUAAAGGAUUCAGCUUACCGAAGGGAUAUACACCAACGAUGAAAAAUCCAAUGUUGUGUCCAGACUAUGAUGGCGAAGUGAACAGUCUUUUGGGCCCUAAUCGUCUGCUAGUUCCUUUUCUUGCCUGCGGUGAUUUGUCCGGUUGGGAUUCAGACCGGACAUACGAGUUGGAAUUACCGAAUUUUUCGUGUGAAGCUGAGCGGGAAAGAUACCAAUAUAGGCCAGUUGUGCAGCCUCCUAUAGAACCUGCAUACAAAAAAGCAUGCGUUCUGAAAAAAUCUGGCAAGCUUGCUAGGCCUGAAAUGGAUGAUCCAUUCUUGAAAUUUGAUGUUCCAAUUCGGAAGACAAAAGCGAAUGAAAAGAAAUCGGAUUCUGCCGGAAAUUUGGGAAUUGGCGACGAGCUAGCUGAAGCAUUUGCUGAAUGCUUUGUUUUUAAUGAUUGA